UAGAUGCAUAUUUAUAUCUCUUAGAUCAUAGAGAACUUACCUAGCUCCAGAAGCAAUAAUGGGUUCUAAACAAAUGACCCAAACAAUCUUUGAAUACAAGCUAAAGAGCCGCAACCCAAAAACACCACACUUCUAUGCAACCAUAUUUGUUGGGGUCCUCAUUUUCACUUUUGUUGAGAGCAUGUACUCAAAUUCCAAGAUCCAUUACUUCAACCUCAAAAGUCAUGUUACUGACACAGCACCACAAUUUGGAUAUUCCGAGAACAACGUUGUGAUGGCAGAAGAACAGAAAUCUGAAGAAGCAGAAAACUAUGACCCUCUGAUUCCCCCUGACAAUGUUUCAAGAGAUGAAAGGAUUGAAUGGUUCAGAAGACAGCUCCCUGAGAUAGAGGUUCUAAAGUCAACAACAUUAUCACAACAAUUUCAUAGCAGAGUCUUCAAUUUCCUCAACAAAGGUUGUUCAGUGUUGCACCACAUCAUAUGGAUGUCCCCAGCAAGAUCCUUUGGCAAGAGAGAGUUUCUCACACUGGACUCAUUCUUUAAGGCCAAUCCGGAUGGAUGCUUGCUUAUUGUGUCCCGGUCCAUGGACUCGCCAUGUGGAUACGCAAUCUUGAAGCCACUGCUUGACCGGGGGUUCAAAAUCCAGGCCGUGACGCCGGAUUUGCCUUUUUUGGUUAAGGACACGCCGGCUAAGCCGUGGCUUGAACAGAUCAAUAGUGGCACUAAAGAUCCAGGAUAUGUACCAUUGUCCAAUAAUUUGUCCAAUCUUAUCAGAUUAACAAUUUUAUACAAAUAUGGAGGAGUGUAUAUGGACACUGACAUUAUAGUACUAAGAGAUUUCUCUAAUUUGAGGAACACAAUUGGUGCACAAAGUUUAGACCCUGUGACUAGACAUUGGGUCAUAUUAAAUAAUGGAGUUAUGAUUUUUGACAUUAACCAUCCAAUUUUGUUGGAGUUUAUGCAGGAGUUUGCAACAACUUUCAAUGGGAAUAAAUGGGGAUAUAAUGGGCCUCAAUUGGUUCAGAGGGUUAUAGAAAGAAUGGGAGGAAUUGAAGGGUUUAAUCUUACAAUUUUGCCUCCUAGGGCAUUCUAUCCUGUGGAUAGGGUUAGGGCUUGGAGGUUUUUGAAGAAGCCACAAGAUGAAUCCGAAUCAAGGUGGGUGGAAAAUCAACUGAAUGAUUUGUCUGGUAGAGAGAUCUACAGUGUGCAUUUGUGGAACAAGAGAACAAAAGAUUUGGAGAUUGAAGAGGGAAGUGUUGUGGCUAAAUUGAUUUCGAAUCACUGUGUUGUUUGUGAUGGGAUUAUGAAAGCUUAGAAAAAAGGCAAAAUUACUUGUAAUGUUUGAGAAUUCACAAAGCAUUAUCAAUGGGAUCAGUGAGAAGAUAUCGCAAAUCUUAUGAUUUUGAUAUUUGUUUCAAAGGGAUACUAUAUAAAUCAUGAAACAUGUAAAAGCAUUAUGUCUUAGGAGGACUUUAUAGAUUUUAAGAAUCUGAUAUAGUUUUGUCUAUUAAUCUAAAUAAAUUCUAUUAAGACUUUCAUCUAUUGUAUAAAAUUAAAAGAAAAGUAGCAAUCUUUAUAUAUGCAGAAUCUA